GCGGACCCGCGGGCGGAUGUGACGUCACCUCCGCGUGACGUCCGCGGGCGGGCUUCCGGGUCGUCUCGGGAACCUACCUGUGGUCCGUAUGGAAGCAAAGACUCUUGGGAUUGCAACACCAAGAAAACCUGUCUUAUCUGUCAGUGCGAGAAAACUUAAGGACAAUGCAGCUGACUGGCAUAACUUAAUCCUGAAAUGGGACAGCCUCAGUGACAAGGGUUUUACCACGGCGAGCAGUAUUGCCAAUCUGAAAGUCAGCUUGUUGGGUAAAGAGAAGGUUGAACUAGAGAGCAGCAGCCCAGCUUCCAUUGAAGAGGAAGGAAAGACAAACCUGGACUAUGAUAAGGGACUUGAAGCUCUGUGUGAGGAGCUGCAGGCCAUCUUGGACGGCUUGACUAAAGUACAAAUGAAAAUGGAAAAGUUGUCUUCAACCACCAAGGGAAUUUGUGAACUAGAGAAUUACCACUACAGGGAAGAAAGCAGCCGGCCCCUGCUGUUCCACACAUGGCCCACAGCCUUCUUCUAUGAGGUCUCCCACCAGCUCUCCGAAGCAUACAAAAAGGAGCUCCUUUUGAAACACACCAUUGGCGCAGAGCUGGCCCAUACUGCAGACCGCAACCUCAGCUUGACCUACCUGUCUAUGUGGCUGCACCAGCCCUACAUACAGAGUGAUAGCAAGCUACAGCUGGAGAGCAUGCUGCUUGAAACAGGGCACCGGGCCCUGUGACUCCCUGGCCACCUUGCCUGUGACCACAGUCCAGAGUUCCAGACCACUAGCUGGACAGUCAGUCACUUGGGUGGACCCUGUUGUGCCUAAAAGGCCAGGUCCUUAUAAGGCCCUGGGAUCACUCUCCCUGCUGCUGCAGCCUCUCCAGACACACAGGCACUGCUGGGCUGUCCUCCUGUUGCUUCCCAGGGAUCAUGAGGCUCCACUGAGUGACAGAGACAAGAACAGCUGAAAGACCAAGUUUUAUAAACCAAUGGACUUUACUGUUAACAUCUGUGGAGACAACCUGAGUUUCUUAUUUCUACUUUGUACCUAUCUAUAUUUUUGUUUGUUUUGUGGUGCUGGAAAUCAAAUCCAGACUUCACACAAGCUGAAUUUCAACCAAUGGCCCAUACUCCCAACCCUGUGCUUUGAAGAGAAUAUUUUAGUUCUGAAACUAUCCCAGAAUUACUAGAUGUUUAAAGUCUCUUAAGUAGGCACUGAGAUGGUUUAGCAUUUAGGAGCGCUUGUGGACUUCUGGCCUUCCCUGGCAGCCACACAUAUUUGUGUGCACGCGCGCACGCACACACACACCUUUAAAUUUUAUUUUUACUUAGGUAUUUGUAUAUAGGCCGCAUGCACAGAUGACCAAGGCAACUACAAAUGGGAGUGGGCUCCUUGGAGCUAGAGUUACAAGAGAUUGUCAGCCACCUGAUUUGAGUGUUAGAAACCAAACUCCAGUAACUGAUCUGGAAGAACAGUUCAUGCUCUUAACUGCUGAACCAUCUCACCUGUGGCUGGAGAUGCACACAUUUAAUAUAGUGUGUAAAUAUAUUAAUAUGUAUUGAAAUAUAUAUAUAUAUUUAAUCCUUGACUUAACGGAGUAUAGAGUUUAGUGUCACAGAAAUGAAAACCACCAACACAAAAUUGCUGUUUGCAUGAAAAGACAAGCCAGUAAAGAGACCAAUAAUUGCUG